ACCACUCUUGCUUCCUGUAGCUGAUCCCUUCUGAGCUUCAUAAAAGUGUAUUUUAAUUAAAGUAAACUUUCAAUGAAGGGAUUUCUCUCGUGAUUGGAGAAGAUAAGGUAGCUUUCAGUGGUUGCUUGGUAUUAAAUGCCUUCCCUAUAGGUAUUUCUGACUGUUAAUGCUUCCUGUUUGUUGUCAUGUCAAAUUGUGUCGAUCAAGACGGCGGAGAGUGAAACUGACGCCCGACGGGGGAGCGCACUGGGCGGGCAGGGCGAUGUGAGGACCGGGGCGCUUAAAUCUUUUAUCUGAGGAAUGGCCGCUUCGGCGAUAGCGUAUCCCCAGUAGCUCCUGACCCAAUAUUCUAGAGGAAAACGUUGUUUGCAUCGCUCAAGAAGAAUUGAGGGGUACUCCGCUCUCUACAGCCGGUUUCCGCUGCGCGCAAUCACAGCUCCAGGACCAGCGCUGGAGUCGGUGCGCUCUGGCAGAAAGCAUCCAGCCUCCUCAUCUCUAGGCUCAGACAGCAGUCAGUGCUCCUCUCCAUGCCUCCAAGCCUCAGCUACCGGUCGUCAUUUGCGGAAUUUCUUGCAAUGAAACCGCUAUAAUCCAGCCUGCCUUUUUAUAUUUUUUUGUUCCACUCUUUACUUACUUCACAUCGAGAGAAGAGAAGAGGGGGAAUCCACUCUUUAAGUUUUCCUGUGUCAGUCGCACUGGAGGGGAGGAAGCGAUGGCAGCCCCGGUGAAAGCAGCGCUGGCUCUCCUGGUUCUCACCGUGGCAACUGCUUUGUGUGCGGAGGUGGAGGAACGGCUGGUGAGUCACCUGUUGUCACCGGAGCGCUACAACAAGCUGAUCAGACCAGCUGUCAACAACAGCCAGCAGGUCACCAUUUACAUCCAGGUGUCUCUGGCACAGCUGAUCAACGUGAAUGAGAGGGAGCAGAUCAUGACCACUAACUGUUGGCUCAGUCAGGUAUGGAAUGACUACAGAUUAAUGUGGGACCCUGAAGAGUACGAGGGAAUCAAAAAAAUCCGGCUCCCGUCACAACACAUCUGGUUGCCAGACAUCGUCCUCUACAACAAUGCUGAUGGGACCUAUGAAGUCUCCUUCUACUCCAAUGCUGUGGUAUCCAACAACGGCGAGGUGGCCUGGCUCCCACCAGCUAUCUACAAGUCGGCCUGCAAAAUUGAAGUCCGUGAUUUCCCUUUUGACCAGCAGAACUGCACUCUGAAAUUUCGCUCCUGGACCUACGACCACACUGAGAUUGAUCUCAUCCUCCUCAGUGACUUUGCCUCACGUGAUGACUUUAAACCCAGCGGUGAGUGGGAUAUUAUUUCACUGCCUGGACGCAAGAACGAAGACCCUAAUGACAUCAGGUACCUGGAUAUCACCUAUGACUUUAUUAUCAAGAGAAAACCUCUGUUCUACACCAUCAACCUGAUCAUUCCCUGCAUCCUGAUCACGUCGUUGGCUAUUCUAGUGUUUUACCUCCCUUCAGACUGUGGUGAGAAGAUGACUCUCUGCAUCUCUGUCCUCUUGGCCCUGACUGUGUUUUUACUCCUUAUCUCAAAGAUUGUGCCACCCACGUCUUUAGCAGUGCCUCUGAUUGGGAAGUACCUGAUGUUUACAAUGGUGCUGGUCACCUUCUCCAUCGUCACCAGUGUUUGCGUGCUUAACGUGCACCACCGAUCUCCCAGUACGCACACCAUGCCCCCUUGGGUCAAGCAUGUCUUCCUGUAUCGGCUCCCCUCUUACCUCUUUAUGCGGAGACCUGGUAGCUCCAACAUCCGUGAGAAGUUCCGGAAAAAACACCAGCAGCGAUCGUACUCUGACCAGAAGCUGCGAGGAGCAGACGGAGGGACCGGAAGUCCUGCGGGAAUGGCAGAUUCAUCCUCAUCAUUCUUUGUGAACGAAGAGUCGGCCAAACGCUAUGGCUGGAAGAUCAGUGACUUGUCAGACAACACAGAUUUCAGGAAGAGGAUGACGCUCAAGUGCAACAUUGACGUAGAGGACGCAGUAGAUGGAGUGCGCUACAUAGCUGAGAAGAUGAAGAGUGAGGAUGAUGAUGAAGGGAUUAUUGAAGACUGGAAGUACGUGGCCAUGGUGAUCGAUCGUCUCUUCCUGUGGAUCUUUGUAUUGGUGUGUGUGGUCGGGACGCUGGGCCUCUUCAUGCAGCCUCUGUUCCAGAGUUACAACACACCCAUUAUUGAUGACGUGGACCAUAACUGAAAUCUGAAACCUGAACUUUGAUCUCAACAUAAUCCAGACAGUCCCCACCACAACAGAAACAGAGCUCUGACAUCAUUUUAACACAAGAACUCACAUAUCCGCCUUGCACCACACGCUCACUGGGAAACAAUAAUCAUGCACUUUAUCCCUCCUCCAUCACCUGCUCUCUUCCUUAUUUACACCCUUUGCCCUCUUCAUCCUCCAUGUGUCCUGCCAUCCUCUGCUCCAUUCAUUAGUCAUUACCUUAAUUGAUCAUUCUGGUUCAUAAUAACUUAGUUUAAUUUUAUAGUUUUGGCCAUCAGGCAGUAAACAGGAAUGAUGGGGAUCGUACUGUUAAUUGAGGAAAUUUGUGCAUGUGGCCAUAUUUCUGGCUCCAAACCCCAAAGGUUGUCACACAUGUCCAUGGCUUGGAGGGCUGGACGUGGUAUGUGCCUCGGCUACUUGUUUACCAGGAACCCACAGGUUAAAAACAGGAAAACAGUAAAUUUAUAACCUGUUGUAGCACUGAUCAGUUGACAGCUUACACACUGUCACUUCCUGGUUCUACAUUGACCUACCUUACUUAUUACUUUGGUAUGUUUAAUGAUAUCCUAAUCAAACGAAACAAUGGUCAAAACUAUGAAAACAAGACACAAGUUAAAUAAACCAGAAUUAUCUUAUCAGCCAUGAUACUUUCUCUUGGUGACCAAUAUAGAUCUGCAGGUCUCGAAGAAUUGAAAAGUAGCUUUAUUUUAAAAAGAAAACCUUUACCUGUCCUGAAAUGGUCAGAUUGAACGUGUGUUGACCUCUGUCACUGUUUACCUGGCCAAGAGCAACUCAGGACUUGAUUUUUAUUUACUUUUUCUGUUUAGAACAGAGUCGGUUGUGCUCUUUGUUUCUAAAUUAAAUUCUAAUGGGAGUGUCUAACAUGACAUUAUGGGGACUAACAUGCAUACAACAAGGCACUGUUUUUAAAUCUAUUUUUUUUUUUGUUUACUCAAAAAGAGAAAGAGCCCAAAGAUGAACAAACCCACAGAAACCAACAAGCAGACUCAUUUUCAACACAUCCCCUGAAGAGGAGAAGAUGAAUCCCUUCUGUGUAGAUCCAUAGAAGAUGAUCACCUCCCUGUGUCAUUUUACCAAUAGCACACAUACUGUAUGGAAAUCUAAUAUUUGCCUUGAAAAUGAGAGCAAGAGGGGACACAAAACAACAAACUAUUGGCCUGCUCAAAUAAAAAUGGAUGGGUAUGUGAGAUGAUGGCCAGCCUGUUUUUACCCUAACACACACCUCACUGUGUGGACCUGAAACAAUAGACUGAUCAAAUGUGAUCAAAAGUGAUGUUAAAAAGCAGCCGUGUUUUAAAUGAGGGUUAUAAUAUAAAACUAUAAACAAAAUUUAAAACCAAUGACCAUUAGGCUGUUGUUACUCACUAUGCUUCAUGUAAAGGUGCAGUACGCUGGUCUCAUCAAAGCAGUGCUCGUCAGCAUCCAUCACCAAGGAAACCAGCAGCAAUAAUAUUGUACAGUAUUUUAUAUACACUGACCUGGAGGCAAAUUAGCCAAACAGUCUGGCUCUUCACUUGCUUUAUCUUCCAUCAUAUUGAAUGCUUACAGUGAUUAUCGCAGUCUGUUCUCAGAGACGUUACUUGAAUCUGUGUCCAGUAAUUAUUUCUGGGAGUUGUUAUAAAUUGUCACUGUCAUAAUGCACUCGCCUGUCACUGCUACCAACGCUAGCCAAGGAAAAGGUGUACUGUACUAAUCCAGCUGUAUUGAUUUCUUUCAUCUUUGUUUUUUCAGUGGAUGGAAUGAAACAUACCUUUUCUUUUUCUUCUCACUGGCCAGUAAUGCUGCGUGAAUUGUUGAGCUUUGUCUGUAUAGACAAUAAAUGCUGAAACCUUCAGGAGGAGAAAGAAAUGGGAGCUGAUGUCUUGCUAACUGGAUGGAGACCUGAUGUAUCACAUGAACAAUUCAAGUAAUCAGUUAUUUGGUUAUAAUUUUAAAUAAGCAAUCCAUUACUGUUAAAAUUUUACCAUAUUUCCCUGUUCCUUUUGUUGCAACAAAAAGCAAAAAAAAGUAAAUCCUUGAAGCAUU